AUGGAAUUUAUAAAUGACAAAUUUCCUGAUGCCUGUGAUUCAAAGAUCUAUAGAAUUCGAAUCAUUGCUCAGGUAGUGGAAUAUAUUGAACAUGAAUCUUCACUUUUAUUAGGGAGAUUGCCUCGAUUUCAAAGUAAAACUGGAGAUGUCGUUGCUGGCAACGAUGCUUUGAAAGUGAAUAUCAUAGAUGCCAUGCCUAUAAGUCAUGACUUAACUUACAGUGGUGCUAUUGUCAAUGCUGAAGGUUAUUAUGACGGAAAUACGGUUAAUGUAUUCCAUUGUUUCCCCAUAAAUGGUCAAAGUUUAAUUCCAGAUGAAAACGCUGGUGUUUUAACAGAGCUCAAUAAUUUAGAAAGUUUCGUAUAA